AUGGCGGCCUGUGGCGAAGACGCCAAACCUGCGACGGAUUUUGUGACUUACGGGACUCCCCUGGAGCCUCUGGAAGAAGACGAGGCCCCGCGAAAGCCCCUCCCCAUCCACGAGCAGACGGUCCGAGAUGAGAAGGGUCGCUACCAGCGCUUCCACGGCGCCUUUACGGGCGGCUUCUCGGCUGGAUAUUUCAACACGGUGGGAUCCAAGGAAGGAUGGACGCCGUCCACUUUUGUGUCGUCAAGGCAGCAGAAGGCGGAGAAACAGCAGGCCACGCCGCAGGAUUUCAUGGAUGACGAGGAUAUGGGCGAGCACGGUAUCGCCCCGUCCCGGAUCACCACCACUCAGCCGUUCGCGUCCCGAGCGGCGCCGGCGCCUUGGGAUAAAGCCAAGGCGCUGGGCGCGCAGACGGCCGUCAUACCGGGAAACGACGUCCUGGACGAACUCAUCGCGCCAGCUGGAUCCAGCAUCGGGGCGGAGCUCUUGACUCGAAUGGGCUGGAAAGCGGGUCAAGGCGUGGGACCUCGCAUCAAGAGGAAGCCUAGGCGCCAACGCGCACCAACGCACGGUCGAGUCUUUGGCUGCGCUCCGCCCCCUACUGGCUCGGAAGGAUCUGAGGAGGACGACGAUGAGGAAUUCGCCCCAGAGAAUGCCACGUUCGCCCCUAAAGAUGUGGCAGCGGUGGACUUUGGCGCCAGGACGGGGCUUCAGGGCCUGGGCUACCGCGGUCUGGAUCCAGCAUUAGCGCUACGGGGUCAGAGCGACGGCCACCCCGACUUCUUCUCACCGCACUCGGACGCCACCAGCAAACUCUUCGGGGAGACGCGACGGGCUACGCGAGGGCCAAGGGGCGUGGCCGGGCAGGCUUUUGGCGUGGGCGCGCUGGAGGACGACGAUGAUGAAGACGUUUACCACAGGGACGCCAUGUCCAAGUACGACACGGUACUGGCGGACGAGCCCGGGGACGGACUCUACGGCUGGACGGCGCCGCGCGGCUCCAGCCAAAAGGAGGCGUCGUACUUGGGCAAAAUCUUGGAAGGCUUCACGCUCUCGCAGGGCAGCCAGCAAGACAAAACGGUGUUUCCCCCACCAAAGCUGCCGGCCGACUUCCAGCCGCUGCAUCGCUUCCGCCGCAAGGUACAAGUGUCGCACCUCUCGGGUGUGAGUGGGGCCCCGGUGGUCCAAGUUCCCCCCACGCCCCCGGAGAAUGCCGGACGCCACCGUGUGGUCGCUGCCCAAAGGGGGGCGCUCCUGGGGGAGACCGUCCUGCCAGGCCCCUCCUCCGUCAUGGAACUGCUGAGACCCGAAGACCGCGAGCGUUUGAUGCGCCUGCGUGCCCCCGGGUCAGUGUCGGCACCACCACCGCCACCAUCGACCGCAUUGCGCCGACAAGAGGAGGCGGCGGCGGCAGCCUGGCGGGGCCUUGGCGGCGACUGCCACGCAUUUAAACCCUUCCAGAAGAACACCGCCAAACAGGCCAGAUACGAAGCCUACUUGGAGCGACUGCGCGCCGGAGACAAAGACGCGGCGGACGCCAGUUUGGACCCGUCCAUGACCGAGUGGGAGCGCGGCAGGGAGAAGGAAGAGUUUGUGCGAGCUUCAGUCUUGUAUCGGCCCACUUCCUCCGCGCUGGCCAGUCGCUUCACGCGAGCCAAAGACGGCGACGAUGACGAUGAAGACCGUGUGGAAGUUCCCCGGGACCAGGAGGGCAGCACGCAGGACAAAGAAGCGGCCGUCAGGAUGAAAAUGUUCGGCCAGCUGACCCGAGAAACCUUGGAGUGGCAUCCCGACAAGAUCCUGUGCAGGAGAUUCAACGUUCCCCACCCCUAUCCUGGGUCCGCCAUCGUGGGUCUGCCCAAAGUCAAGCGAGACAAGUUUUCCGUCUUCAACUUCCUGACGGUCGCUCAGAGCGAUCUGCCUCCACCGCAAGCUGCCAAGAAGUCCAGGUGGGACCAGGAGGCGGAGCCGAGUCCCGCGCAGACAAGCCAGCCCAAAGAAGAAUCUCCUUGCGUUAAACCUCCGGAGGUGACACCCGAGGACAAACCGCAGGUUGUAAAGCAAGAAGAAGAAGAUGAUGAGGAGGAGGAUGACGACGAUGAGGAGGAGCAAGUGGAGGACGUGGAAGAAGAGACGCGGCCUCCAAUGGAUGUGUUCAAGGCCAUCUUCGCCAGCUCCUCGGACGAGGAGUCCUCGUCUUCCUCGGACGAAGACGACCAAAAGGAAGCCGAGGAGGAAGGAGAUCGGGCACCUUCGGUGAACCUCUUCGACGUUUCGUCACCCGUCGUCGCUGCCGAACGAACAGACGCUGUUCCCCGUGCGCCUCCGCCCCCGGAGAACGCAGAAUUCGGUCCCAAGCUUCCUCCUCCCUGGUUCGUUCCUGUCCCCGCCUCCUCGCUGGCCGGGGAAGAGAGACGCAGGAACAAGAAGCAAGACAAGUGCAAGAAAGACAAGAAGAAGAAGAAAACCAAGAAGAAGAAAGACAAAGUGAGGCGACAAGAAGACAAAAAGAAAAAGAAGAAGAAAAAAGCCGAGCGGCAAAGCGACGGCGAGGACGUCCGGCCGGAGGAUUUGAUCGAGAGGCUAAAGCGCGUCUCCUCUUCCCGUGACGCGCGUUGA